UCAGGAUAACAAUUAACCAAAUAAAUGCCUCAAUAAAAGGUGGACAUAAUUUAAUAUAAAUAAAACUAGCGGUUAAAUGUGAAACUAGUUAAUAACUCUGAGGGCAUCUCUUGCAAUUUCGAAGCCACCAAUUGAAUCGAGCAGGCCCUCCUCUCUUGGUUCGCAAGCACUGCGCAGAGAGAGAGAGUCUCCGUCGCAAAGAGUCUUCGUCUCCAGUCAUCACGUAUAACUCCAGUUUCGUCUCUCCGUAUAUCGUAUAAACCUCUCAGUAAUCGAAUCCAUAUGGUUAGGGUUUGAAGGUGGUAAGUGAGAGUUUCGUCAAAUGUCAGAAGGUUCUCGUCGGAGCAGGGUCACUAUCACUCUAGGCCGUAGCGGCCAGGUGGUAAGUCGAGAUGGAAGUGAUUUAGAGGAUGAGUUGCCCAGAGUUGGGACCAAGCGUUCUGUCAAAGAGAGAUUAGGGAACCUGUUGGAUAGUGAUGCCGUCACUAAAAGGCAAAGAGGGGAAGCUAGUUUCAGCGGAAAUGAUUUGCAGAUAAGUAAAAAUGAUCUCCGCUUCAAACUGUUGCAAAGAAAUGCCAAGAGACGAACUCAGAGCGAUGGAGGCAGCAGCACUAUGGAUCUUCGUCAAAAGCUUCUCUCCAAGAGUGAGCAGCCUCCUCCUCCUCGUAGCCUUGAUAGCCGUCCUCGCAUGGCUGAGCCAAGGGAUGGCCCGUUACCUCCUCCUUCAGGAACUGUCCGUGGUCCCUCCUCGCACAUGCUUUCAUCAGGCAGUAACUAUUCUCCUCGGACUCGGGAUGAUAUACCAAGGAGAUCUCCAGAGAGGCUUUUGGGUAGUUCCAGGGGCCGAUCGCCUCCAAGGAACGCUGGAAGUAUCAGUGGCACUCCAAGGGCGCUAUCACCGCCAAGGAACACCAGAAGCUUUAGUGGUGGUUCUAGGGCUGCUCUAUCGCCGCCAAGAAACGCUGGAAGAAUAGUUGGCCAUCCAAGGGAUCUAUCAGUAUCACCACCUAGACAUGCUGGAAGAAUGAUUGGCAAUCCAAGGGAUCUAUCAGUAUCACCUCUUAGAAAUGCUGGAAGAAUAAGUAGCCAUCCAAGGGACCUAUCACCACCAAGAACUGCUGGAAGAAUAAGUAGCCAUCCAAGGGACCUAUCACCACCAAGAACUGCUGGAAGAAUAAGUAGCCAUCCAAGGGAUCUAUCAUCUCCAAGACAUGCUGGAAGAAUGAUUGGCCAUCCAAGGGAUCUAUCAGCAUCACCGCCUAGAAAUGCUGGAAGAAUGAUUGCUCAUCCAAGGGAUCUUUCACCGCCAAGAAAUGUUGGAAGAAUAAGUGGCCAUCCAAGGGAUAUAUCACCAUCAGGACAUGCUGGAAUAAUAAGUGGUCAUCCAAGGGAUCUAUCACCGGCAAGGAUCACAAGUAGCUUCAGUAGUGGCUAUAGGACUAUGUCCCCAACUAGAAAUGUAGGAAGCAGCUACAUGAGCUCUUCUCGGAGGUUUUCCCCUCCUAGGAAUCCUGGAAGCUACAUGGGUUCUUCAAUGGGUUCGCCUCCAUCAAGGAACGUAGAUGAUUUUAAUGGACGAAGCAGGAUGCUUGAUGAUGUGAGAGCCUCACCGUAUGGAUUCAGAGGUGUCCUAAAUAGUCAAGCACCAACAAGCGGCCCUACUUUCGCCAGGCCAAUGUUACCUCCUCCGGUCCCAAACCCUCAUCUGUUACCUCCUUUGAGUCAGCUUCCUCCAUUUGGAAGUAUUAUGCAGAACAGUCCCUUCCCUGUGGAAGAGCCUCUAACAGUAGACACUUUUCUAGAUUCACUUGGACUUGGAAGAUACUCCCUUGCCUUUAAGAGAGAGGAAGUGGAUAUGAACACAAUAAAGCAGAUGAAAGAAAGUGAUCUAAAAGAUCUCAUCAUACCAAUGGGGCCAAGGAAGAGGAUUCUUCAAGCGAUAGCCUGUCUUCCAAGAUAAUAGCUAUGAGAAACUGGUGUGGUGGUCUCUUGUUGAUUCUCACUCUUUUGGUCUUUGAUGGCCUUUUUUUGGAGAUCCAAACUAUGGGAAUGUUUUUUGAGAUUCAGAAUCGAAACUCUUCUCUCCGGAUAUUAACUGUUAGGCAGAAUUUUCCUCUGUAGUUCUUCUCUGUGAUGCAGUUUUUUUUAUUUUGGACAAGUUGUUGACAGAACUUAACUACUUGUCCAGGGUUUCGUGUCUUAUUUUGAAAUGCAACUGGCACGAGAGCUGUUUCUCAUUA